GCUCCUCCCUCUGAGAUCAUGCAAAUCAGUUUUGAGAUUGAAGAACUUAGCGACCUGCCAGAGACCCAGCUUAUUACGUGGCAAGUGGAAUAUCCCGGAGGUAGAACAUCUGACCUCGGUAUCUCCAAGAUCUACAUAAGCCAGAAGGAGUUGGUCGGUGUUCUUCCAUUGGCUAUGGAAGCAGAGAUCUUGAACACAGCGAUUCUCAAUGGGAAGACAGUAGCUGUUCCUGUCAAAGUGGUUUCGGUGGAAGAGGACGGAACGGUCAUGGAUCUUCUAGAUUCAGUAGAGUGCAGGUCUUCCGACGAAGAUGUGAUUAAGGUCUCCGACAGGUGCGACUACGUGUUCGUCAAUGGGAAAGAAAUGAAAGGGAAAGUGAAUGUCGCCCUUCAUUUCACAUACCAGCACCUGAGCGCCCCACUAGAGAUUACCGUAUGGGUGCCCCGUCUCCCUCUCCAGAUAGAAGUUUCGGACACAGAGCUAAACCAGAUCAAGGGGUGGCGGAUCCCCAUUGUCUCCAAUAAGAGGCCAGCUAGAGACAGCGAUGACGAAGAGGAGGACGAGCGGAAGGGGCGGGGCUGCACCCUCCAGUACCAACACGCCAUGGUGCGCGUCCUCACCCAGUUUGUAGCCGAACCCUCCGAUCCGGGAGGCCAGACGGCGUACUUGCUUGGUUCCGACUGGCAGGUGGACAUCACCGAGCUGGUGAAAGAUUUCAUGCAAGUGGAAGAGCCAAGAAUCGCAAAACUUCAGGAGGGACAGAUGUUGGUCGGACAGGAGCUUGGGAUGACAACCAUCCAGAUUUUGUCCCCUCUCUCCGACGCCAUCUUGGCCGAGAAGACUGUGACCGUUCUGGAUGAGAAGGUGACGAUUACUGACCUGGGAGUCCAGCUGGUGACGGGCCUUUCCCUCUCCUUGCAGCUGAGCCCAGGAAGCAACAGGGCCAUCUUUGCCACCGCGGUCGCCCAGGAAAUCCUCCAGACACCACAACAGGAAGCAGCUAUUAGUUGCUGGAUCCAGUUCAGUGAUGGGGCAGUCAUGCCCUUGGACAUGUAUGACCCCAAAGACUUCUCCUUGGUAGCAACAUCUCUAGACGAGAAGGUGGUCUCCGUUCACCACAGCCCCAAAUUCAAAUGGCCCCUCAUCGUCGCCGAGUCAGAAGGUCAGGGACCAUUGGUGAGGGUGGAGAUGGUGAUCAGUGAAUCGUGCCAGAAAUCCAAAAGGAAAAGCAUCAUGGUUGUUGGGAAUGGAAAUAUCAAGGUCAACUUUGGGCAGAGUGACGCUAAUCCCAACACCAGUGACAGCAGGCGUGGUGGAGCCGGCGUGCACCUGGAAAACCAUACCAGUGGCAGGCGUCAGAAGACAACUCUGAAGGAGAGAUCUCGGGAAGAGGGGCCAUACUACAGCUCAUCAAUGGGCCAUGAGGAAACCAGAGGGGCCACCACUCAGAAGUCCAUUCUGAGCAAAAAAGAGGACCGAGAAAGCCUUCUGGAUGAUGACAGCCAUAUGCAAAACAUCCCAAUAGACUUCACCAGCUUCCCAGCUCAGGUGGACCUGCCAAGGAGCAAUGGUGAUUCGGAAGAGAAUGACCUUCUAGAGACCCCCAGGGGCCUGAGUGACUUGGAGAUUGGGAUGUACGCUUUGUUGGGGGUCUUCUGCCUGGCUAUUCUAGUCUUCCUUAUCAACUGCGUGACCUUUGCCUUGAAGUACAGGCACAAGCAGGCUCCCUUUGAAGAACAAGAGGGCUUAAGCCAUUCCCACGACUGGGUAGGGCUAAGCCACAGGACAGAGUUGCUAGAGAACCAUCUCAAUUUUUCCGCCCAGCCGGAGGAGUGCAUUACAGCCAUUGACCGUAGCAUGGACUUGGAGGAGAGCAAAUACCUCCUAAACGCUAACUCCCAGAAGAACCUCAACGGGCAAGUCUUCCGGUCCUCAGACUCGGCUCCAUUCCCGGAAGGGAAGGAACAAAAGAGCGAGCCAACCGCCUCGCCGACCUCCAAGCGGAAACGAGUCAAGUUCACCACCUUCACCACCAUCUCUUCCGACGGGGAGUGUCCGACCGUCAAUUCCAUCUUGACAAGCAGUGAGGACGAUAUCAAGUGGGUUUGUCAGGACAUGGAUCUGGGAGAGUGUAAAGAACUAAGGAACUAUAUGGAGAGGUUACACGAAAAUGCAUAA